AUGGCCCAGGCAUUACGUAGUGACACGACUAUGGUAAUAGCCAUGAUUUCUGCUCGAAGAGCGAUUAUUCAACGUGGGAGAGGGUGCAGAUACGAUGGUCGUCGAUACGAGGAGGGUACAAUGGUGAAUACUUCCGAACCCUGUUUGCAAUGUCGGUGCAUCGAGGGUGCACUAAGAUGUCGAUUACGUGUUUGUCCACGAUUACCAAAUUCUCCACCACCUGGUUGUCAUAUUCGCCAACCCGAAGAAAAUGUUUGCUGUGCCGAACUUAUAUGCGGUGGACCACGUUACUACGCAAAUAUGUUUAAACAAUUAUUAAAAAUUGAUUAUCGAUAUGUCGCAGGUGAUACAAAGAACACCUUACGUAGAGCCAAUAUUGAAACGGAGGAAACAUCGCAGGAUGAAGGUUGCCUUUACGAAGGUGUACGAUACGGACCAGGUUCUGCUAUGAAGGGAUCACGUAGAUGCGAAUAUUGUUAUUGCAUUUCCGGUGCAAGAAGAUGCAUCAGACCGAAAUGUUUAUUGCCCUUACCGGGAUGCAUUCCAUUAUACACUCCUCAUUCCUGUUGUCCCAUAUCUUACAAUUGCACGCAUUCACGAGCGUCAACGUCUACACCCCUGUCGAGCAAUGAGACUGCUUAG